CUCACAGCUGUAGCAUUAACCGUCCGCCGUGUCUGAGAGAGCGUUGAGAAGACAGCUGCCCUUGCACACAGCUAAGCGAGAUCCUGCAACAUGUCCAUCCUGAAGAUUCAUGCCCGUGAGAUUUUCGACUCCCGUGGAAACCCCACGGUAGAAGUCGAUCUUUACACCAAGAAAGGUCUCUUCAGAGCUGCAGUGCCCAGCGGUGCUUCCACUGGCAUCUACGAGGCCCUUGAGCUCCGUGACAACGACAAAACCCGCUACUUGGGCAAAGGUGUCUCUAAGGCUGUUGAGCAUAUCAAUAAAACAAUUGCACCUGCCCUGGUUCGCCAGGAUGUGUCUGUUGUGGAGCAGGAGAAGAUUGACAAGCUGAUGAUUGAUAUGGAUGGCACAGAGAACAAAUCUAAAUUUGGUGCAAAUGCCAUCCUGGGUGUGUCCUUGGCUGUGUGCAAGGCCGGUGCUGCUGAGAAGGGUGUCCCCCUCUACCGCCACAUCGCCGACCUUGCUGGAAACCCAAAGGUCAUCCUCCCUGUGCCUGCCUUCAACGUUAUCAACGGUGGCUCCCAUGCUGGCAACAAGUUGGCCAUGCAGGAGUUCAUGAUCCUGCCAGUUGGAGCGAGCACCUUCAAAGAGGCCAUCCGUAUCGGUGCUGAGGUCUACCACAACCUUAAGAAUGUUAUCAAGGAGAAGUAUGGCAAGGAUGCCACCAACGUUGGUGAUGAGGGUGGAUUCGCCCCUAACAUCCUGGAGAACAAAGAAGCACUUGAGCUGCUGAAGACAGCUAUCAGCAAGGCCGGCUACACUGACAAGAUUGUGAUUGGCAUGGAUGUGGCUGCCUCCGAGUUCUACAAGGAUGGCAAAUACGACCUAGACUUCAAGUCACCUGAUGACCCCAGCCGUUACAUCUCCCACGAAAAGCUGGCAGACCUCUACAGGAGCUUUGUGAAGGACUAUCCUGUCGUUUCCAUUGAGGAUCCAUUUGACCAGGAUGACUGGGAGGCCUGGUCCAAGUUUACUGCCAGCACAAGCAUCCAGGUGGUGGGUGAUGAUCUGACCGUGACCAACCCCAAGCGCAUUGCAAAGGCCGUGUCAGAAAAGGCCUGCAACUGCCUGCUGCUCAAGGUGAACCAGAUCGGCUCUGUCACCGAGUCCCUCCAGGCCUGCAAGCUGGCACAGACUAGCGGAUGGGGUGUAAUGGUGAGCCAUCGCUCUGGAGAGACCGAGGACACCUUUAUCGCUGAUCUGGUGGUUGGACUCUGCACUGGUCAGAUCAAGACUGGUGCCCCCUGCCGUUCUGAGCGUCUGGCCAAGUACAAUCAGCUGCUAAGGAUUGAGGAGGAGCUCGGCGACAAGGCCCGCUUUGCUGGACAGAACUUCAGGAAGCCCAUCUAAACAAAAGUCUUUUUUAGGCUGUUUCUAUUCCACACUCGCACACCCACACAUGAAGCCACGCUAAAGUCCCCUCCUGAGAAGAGAGAUGGUGGAAAGCCAAUAAAGUUCCAGGUCCAAAUUUGUAUGGAAUCAAAUAUGAUUUCUGUACUAGCAGAUGUACCCAUCCUCCUAGCUUUGGUACUGUAAUAGCACUGGUCCUUUAAUUGUGUCUGUGUUUUGUGUGAGAUCUGUCUGGUUUGCUUUUUGUGUGUUGUCAUGAGUCUCUAAUUCAUUUAGAGAUUAGCUGUUUAGUGUGCUGCACAGCGCAUGUGGUGUAACGUAUGUGCAAUGUGUUGCCGUUAAAACACUGUAGUGUGACAAGUAGAGCGUGGCAUAAUCAAUAAACUGUCCUCCAGUGGACAAGAA